ACGUGGGAAGCGUCUUCUCCGAAAGCACUCAUAACUUCUCUUCAUUUUUUCUUCGAGGGUUCCUCAAAAUCACUCCAGAUCCUCGCCGGUGGCAUUCCGAUUUAGAGUUCCUUUGUUGCGAUCUCUGGAAUACUCCAAGCAACGAAAUGAUGGCCAGAAAGUCUGUUUUGAAUCCGUAUGCCACUCCAUAUGUACCUCUUUCGGAAAUGUUUUCUGGAAUGAGCUUCGAAGAAAAGAACAAAGCUGGCAAAGGAAUUCUGGAUGAAUCUAAGGAGAAGAACACUGUGAAUUGCCUGGUUGCUGGUACUACUUCAUCGUAUGGUGUCCAAAAUGCUGUGAAACCGGACAAUUUUGAGGAGCUGCCGACAAAGAUUGGCCAGAACAGUGGUUCUCCUGACAUGCACACUCUUCCGGAUGAGACUGCUGAAUAUGAGGACUUUGGCGGCAUGAAUGAUCAUGCAUUGAAGAUGGAAACUCUCUCCUCCUUGUAUCCAGAUAUCUCAGUGGAAUCUCUUGCUGAAGUUUUAUAUGUGAACUAUGGUAAUCUGAAUGACGCUAUUGAUAUGCUGGAGCAAUUCGAGAAUGAAGGGUUUGAUUCUGGUGAUUUUCCUGAAAGUUCAGAGGCGAGAAACAACUUCGACCCUACUUCACUGGAAGGUAGUUCCAGUGGGACAAACAACAGUGGCUGAUAGUUGUGAGGGUUGUGAAUGAUGAUAUUAUACCGUAUCGAUUCUGCUUAGCAAUUGUGUAAUUCCCAUACAUCGUGUGUAGGAUCAUUUAGGUUUUCCUGCUUCAAAAAAUUGCAGCAUGGACUGGUUUGUUUUGUUGUUAUAGGAUUGAUGUCUGAAAUGUUUUGCUUUCAGGUUGAUAAUAUGAUAUAGCCAUUCAAUAUCCAAAGGAUUGUACAGAUUCUCCAACUCUAUCAUAGAUUGUUCAUACUGGUUGAACAUGUGCAUGAAAUUUUCAUGGAUUUUAUCCUUUUUC